GGCAAGUUGGAACCAGAGAAGAACGAGCAACAUGUGAUACAACUGGAAAGGUGUAAAAGUAGAAAACAACAGAAAAGGAAAACAGGGUCUGUUUACAAAAGAAGAGAUCAAAUCACUGCUUCUCAAGGCAUCGACUACCAUGAGAUUGCAGUCAAGGAAAAAGCAGAUGCAGUCGAGGAAAAAGCAGAUGCAAUGGAGGAAGAAACAAAUGCAGUAGAGGAAAAAAUGGGUGCGGUAGAGGAAAAAAUGGAUGCAAUAGAGGGAAAAAUGGAUGGAGUACAGGAAAAAAUAGGUGCAGUAGGGGAGAUCAGUAGGUGCCAAGUGCAAAGAAAACCUUUCAUUUCCAGAUCAAAACUUAAAUCUCACUGCAAAUUCCACAUAGCAGAUAAAUCACGUAACUGCAUGGAAUAUGGAAAGAGGUUUAGUAUGAAGGCAAAGCCCACCUACCAAAAAAUUGACCCUGGAGAAAAAGCGUAUAUAUGCUUGGAGUGUGGAAAGAGUUUUUAUCGCAAUGCAGAACUCACAAGGCAUCGGAGGAUCCACACAGGGGAGAGACCCUAUUCGUGCCUGGAGUGCGGGAAGUGUUUUGGGCAGAACACAGACCUCACGAAACAUCAAAGGGUCCACACAGGGGAGAAACCCUAUUCGUGCCUGGAGUGCGGGAAGUGCUUUAGUGAGAAACGCACCCUUGUGGCCCAUUUAACCGUUCACACAGGGGAGAAGCCCUACACGUGCUUAGAGUGUUGGAAGAGCUUUAGUGAGAAGAGAAAACUGAUUUCUCAUCAAAGAAUCCACACAGGGGAGAAGCCCUAUAAAUGUUUGGAAUGUGGGAAAAGUUUCAUUCAAAAGACGAGCCUCAGCUGCCAUCAGAUCCUUCAUAAGGGGGAAAACCCAUAUAAAUGCGCGGAAUGUGGGAAGAGUUUCUGCCGGAACGCCGACCUCACGAGGCACCGAAGAAUUCAUACAGGAGAGAAGCCGUUUGAAUGCCUGAAGUGUGGAAAGAGCUUCGUUCAGAACACGGACCUGACGAAGCAUCAAAGGAUUCACACAGGGGAGAAACCCUAUGCGUGCUUGGAGUGUGGGAAGACGUUUAGCGAAAAAAGGAAACUUAUCUCCCAUCAGACAAUUCACACCGGGGAGAAAGCCCACGAGUGUUUGGAGUGCGGGAAGAGGUUUAGCCUUCGCACCAAUCUUACUAUUCAUCAAAGAAUCCACACCGGGGAGAAGCCCUAUAAAUGUUCCGAGUGCGGAAAGAGGUUCAUUCAAAAGACGAGUCUGAGCUGCCAUCAAAGAAUUCACACGGGAGAGAAACCGUACAAAUGCCUGAACUGUGGAAACAGCUUCAGUAAGAAGUCUUACCUUGUUUCUCAUGAAAGAAUCCACACAGGGGAGAAACCUUACAAAUGUUUGGAGUGCGGAAAGUGCUUCAGUCAAAAGAGCAACCUCAGUUAUCACCAGAGAACCCACAGAGGGGAGAAGCCGCCCUAUAAAUGCUUGGAGUGUGGGAAAAGUUUCAGUUUUAAAUCAGCUCUCACUAGACAUAAAAAAAAUCACACAAGAGAGAAACUGUAUAAAGGGUGGGAAAGGGCUUCAAUCAAAAUGCAGACCCCUUUCAAUAUCAAAAUAUCAAGGCAGUAG